UAGUCACCUGAACUGCACUGAAGGAGGGGCAGGUGUGGGGGGCCGUCACGUUUGUCACCAGCAGAGGCACCGGCAGGUAUCGAAGACUGGGAGGGAGGGGGUCAGGGGGAGAAGGAGGGAGGGCGAAGGAGGUGGAGGAGCGAUAAGCCGUGUUGUGUGGUGACGGUUUUGAGGUGACGGCUGGGAGGUGCAACUCAGCUGCUGACACAAUCUGAGUCCCCAGCCUGCUGCUGCUGCUGCUGCUGCUGCUCGCCGCCAGCACCGCCUCUCCGCCGCCGCACGCCUACAUAGCUGCUCAAGGGGACGCCGUGGCCUGAAUUAUGCACAACUUACUGUCCCUUCACGGCGGCUAAUCCUCGGCGUCGGCAGCCUAAUAGUGGCGGGCGAUGUUGGGCCGGGAGACGGAGCGAUGUGUGUGUGGGUGUGUGUGUAUGUGUGUGUCAGCAAGCAGCCUGCCAGGAGUUAGGACCCGCCCAGGCGGCGUCUCGUUCCCCCAAAGUUCGCUCAUUACAGUAAGAAUCGUCGCCCGAGCAACGUUUAGACUCGCAAAGCUCACAUAUGUCCGAACAAAACCUUAUCAUUCAACAAAUAAUCGAUGCGGGAGUCAGUCUCGCGAGCAGUAGCAGCAGCAGCAGCAGCGGCGGCGGCGGUGGAGGCGGCGGCGACGGGAGCGGCAGCCUUGACUGGGUAUAACUUCACGCAACGUGACCGACCCCCUCCCGGCCGCCACCCUCUCUCGCACCCUGUCGCUCCUCAACACACACGACGUUCGUCAUCACACCGUCCGCUGCCCCGCAGUAAUGAUCUCUGGUCAUGAAAAUUCAUAUCGGUCCCUGGAUCUCUUAAUUCCAACGUGAUAUAACAAUAACUGCCAUAGCGAGUGUAUUAUAGUGUAUUUUGGUGAGGAGGAGCGCGCGCUGCCGGGCCGACCAACUGCAGUUUAUUAGCGCGUGAGGCGGAGUCAACCAGGGGGGAGGAGUCUCGAGGUAGCCAGAUUUAUUCUGCCGAUAUUAUUUUAUUUUGCCUUCUUUUUCCUUCUUUUUACGUGUCGUCGUCGGGGUAUGACUGAAGGAUGUGAGAGGGGAGGGGGCCACGUCUUAGAUUUCGUUCUGUGCAAGCCAGACACUGUUGGGUUCACCUGUAAUGAAGUGAUAUAUGGGAUGCUGCGAACGGAUGUAUUUGACUGCUUCCUGGGCCCCAGAUCUUUCCAAGCGGUACAUGCGUGAGCCCUUAUGUUCUAUGGAUGCUAAGGCUGCCUUCGAGUAAGAAGAGAGAAGCUGCUCAAUACGCAUUGUCGGAAUAAAAAAUAAUACUGUAUUUUGGUUCUCCGGCUGGCAGCGCGGCGCGCGUGGAAGUGUUGUUGUUCAGCGCUGAGUGAGCGAGGGUCAGUGUGCGGGAGCGAGCGAGAGCGAGUAUAUGUCGCAUCUUUGACGGUGUGCUUGUGUGAGUGUUGGCAGCCGUGCAUGUGCGUCCUUGCAGUCAGGCACACUGCCAGUGACACUUGUGAUAACUGUUGCUAAAAUAGACCGUCGUGAGUGGAAGGAGCCACAACUGACACACAGCCAGAGUGCCCGGGCCUGGCACUCACACCUGGCCCGGAGGACCUCAGCACGACCUCCCCUCACCUGACCUCGCCAUCAGGCGCAUCCUCCACCAUGGCCAGUCAACAGUUUUGUUUGCGCUGGAAUAAUUAUCAAAGUAACUUAAUGCAGGUGUUUGACCAGUUACUGCAAGCGGAAAGUUUUGUGGACGUGACGUUGUCGUGUGAGGGCCACAGCGUGAAGGCCCACCGCAUGGUGCUGUCAGCGUGCUCGCCCUACUUCCAGUGCCUGCUUAGCGAUGCGCCCUGCUCCCACCCCGUCAUCAUCCUGCAGGGCGUCAAGUGGACGGAGCUCAAGGCCGUGGUAGAGUUCAUGUACAAGGGCGAGAUCAACAUCUGCCAGGAGCAGCUGGGCUCCCUGCUGCGGGUGGCCGAGUCCCUCAAGAUCCGCGGCCUCGCCGAGGUCGACGGUGACGGUGCCGAGCCCGCCGUGCUGGCCUCGCCCUCCAUCUCGCCCGCCGCUCGUGCCCCGUCCAACCCCAUGGACGACAGCUCGCCCUCCUCGGGCUUUAGCCGCAAGCGACGCCGGUACUCAGGCGACGACGCCAGCCGCCCCUGUACGCCCCUGACGCCCAUCAGCGCCCCCGAGCUGAUGGACGGCUUGCUGGACCUGCCCGCCUCCUUCAUGAGGAACACCAUCCCCACGCCCCUGCCUGGCUCGCCAGCCGGACUCAACUCCCUGGCAUCGCGGCUCCCGGGGCCCAUGCCGCCCCCGGCCCCAAUGCCACCCCACCUGCCCCACCUGCCGCCCUUGUCGCCACUCCUAAACAUGCACACCAUGCCUCGCCCACACGCCCCGGACGACUUCGAGAUUCGACCCGGGAUCGCCGAGAUGAUUCGCGAGGAGGAGAGGGUAAGUUAAUGAGCGCUGCGUCAC